AUGAAAUUGAUUGAAACUAAAUAUUCUUAUUCAUUUUUAGAUAUUCAACCAUUAUCAGAUUAUCAUUGUUUAGUUAUACCAAAAUUUCAUGGGGCUAAAUUACAUAAUAUUCCUGAUGAUUAUUUAGCUGAUAUCUUACCUGUUGUUAAAAAAUUAUCAAUUGCUUUAGGUUUAGAUCAAAAUAAUACUCCAGAAGGUGAAGGUUAUAAUGUAUUACAAAAUAAUGGUAGAAUUGCUCAUCAAAUAGUUGAUCAUGUUCAUUUCCAUUUGAUCCCUAAAAAUGAUGCUCAAUCAGGUUUAGGAAUUGAUUGGCCAAGUCAAGAAACUGAUUUUGAAAAAUUAGGUAAGUUACAUGCUGCUUUAAAAGAGAAAUUGGAAAAAUUAUAA